AGCAGCGCUCCCUCCGUACUUAUUACCCUCUACCACAUCGCCAGUGCGUUCGGUCGAGGUCAAAGGACAGCAAGCCAUGUCUGCAGCAGAAGCAGCCGCACUCGAGCACAUUGUCAAGGUUGCACAGAUCUACGUCGCGUCGACGACAUCCGUGCUGGUAUGGGACUGGCUCGUAUGUUUACCUCAAGAGUGGAGGUACAUUUGGAAGGCGGACUGGACGGCUAUCAAGGUUUUGUAUUUGAUGGUGCGAUACUACACCUUUGUUGUCCUGGUCGUGACCGACGUCUGGUUCUUUGCUGACUGGUCAGAAGCAUCCUGCGCCAAAAAUCUUCGUGUCCUUCCUGGUAUAGCUGUCGUAAUUGAUGUAUGCGUAGAACUAGUCUUGGCUCUUCGAGUCUAUGCGUUGUAUGGCCGUAGCACUCGGAUUUUGAUGUUCCUCGGGGUGAUGAUGGCAGGGUUCACUGGCGUCAUGAUCGCAGUUCCCAUCAUGGCAUUUGACUACACUAGGCUUCCAUCUUGGCCAGGUCCAUGUCUCGUCACUGGAAAACCUUCCGCCGCCGGUCCCAAAUUCAUCAUAGCCUUCUACGCCUCUCCCAUGGCUGUUGACUUCACCCUGACCGCCCUAACGCUCUGGCGAGGACUGCGCGUCAAGAGGCACGGUUCUGCCUCUGGGUUGAUGAAUGUUUUCAUUAAGGAUGGCCUUUUCUACUUCGUCGCUAUCUCUUCGCUGAAUUUGAUCAAUGUGAUAUUCUUUGUGCAACCUAACGUGCUCAUCGAAUCGAUCAACGCCCCGAUGAGUAUCCAACUCUCCACAGUUCUAUCCUGUCGCCUUAUCUUGAACCUUCGCGCCAUACGUGAUCGCGCACCGACAGUCAACAAGUUCAGCAACACACUCGGCCGCUGGGUCGCAGACUUCCAGCCUGAACCCUCCACAGAUCACCACAAUGCUUCUAUAGCACUCAGCUCGAGGUCCGCCCAUACGGAACGAGCGACGACAGUAUCUGUUCCUAAGAGUAAUGAUCCAAUCAGCUCCACCAACGCGGACACCGAUUCAUAUCCUACAAAAUACGGAUAUGGAUGGUGAUUAGGUAUUGUAGUGCGGUGGGAACAGGAGGUGACGAGGAAUUAUACGGACAAAUGGGGUAGGAAGACCAGCGAUCCUGAUGCCGAAUCGGGGCCUUGAAUAGCUCUGUCAUUUCGUGUUUUUUCAUCUUGCUGCUGGCAACAUCGUCAUGGAAUUCUUCGCUUUAUAUACCAUAUUCUCGUCCCUAUUACUGUCUUUGAAGUGUUCACGACCAGCUCUGGAUGGUAUCGUUGUUGUCGACUGAGCCUUGUUGUUUUUAUGCUAUGCAAUGUAACGAAUAUAUCAGUACGUU